CCUCGUGUCUUGUGCCGUGCAGGGCGCGAUGGGGUUCGUCUUCUCGAAGGCCAUGAACGACAGCCUGAAGGGGCAGCAGGAGUUCAUGCGGCUGCAGAAUACACUCUUUUAGGCAGCUGGUAUUCUGCUUCCUGUACCUUGUUGAACUUUCCAUCCAACUUGGUUAGCUAUCCUAGACAUACAAACCCAGAAGAGUUAUUAGCUUUAUGAUGCAUCAUGAGGAAGAGGGAAUCCUCAAGAGCAAAGACGUUACAAGAUUGACUCUGAAAUUACUACAAAUAAAUUAGAAUUAAGCGGAAUGAAUUGGGAAAGCAGAUACUCUGUGGCUCACCAUGAAAAUGUGAAGCUGGAAAGGCAACUAAUACUGCAGAACCUGAUAAGAGAGAGACAGACAGCCAUGCAGAUUGCUUGGACACGAGAAUUUCUCAAAUAUUUUGGAACAUUUUCUGGACUUGCUGCUGUAGUUUUAACAACUGGAGCAAUAAAAAGGAAGAACCCAGCACUUUUAAUGCCAAUACUUCCAUUAAGCUUUGUAUUUUCCUAUCAUUAUGAUAUGGGCUAUGGGACACUGUUGCAAAGGAUCAAAGGUGAAGCAGAGAACAUACUUGACACACAGAGCACUUUGCUAGAAUUGCCAAAAGGACCUCUCACACUUGAAGAUUUGGAGAAAAUCAGAACAUCUCAGAGCAAUUUCAUCAUAGAAAAAUAGGAAGAUUGUAUUAACGCUGUAUAUCUGAAAUGUGAUUAAAUGCUGCAUUUCAACAGAAAUAAAUAAAAAUGUCUAAUAAAAUCAAAAUUUAAUUAAUUUUUAAAAUUUAGUACUCUCUAAAGCAAUUGGUUUCAUACUAUAUGUAUCUCUUAAAAUAUUCAUUAUUAUGUAGUGUAUUUUAGUUGUUUAUAAUGAAAUAUUAAAUUUGCUUUGUAUACUCAGAGUCUGAAAACAACUUUUCACCUGCAGUAAAAAUGUCUGGUACUGACCAAACUCAGUAGAAUCAAUAAUGAUAUUGUAAUUGGUAGUUAUAAGUUUGUACAGAUAUAUAAAUUAUAAAAAUAAAUAUAAACCACUUUCAAAUAUAUUUCAGGAUACACAGCUCAAUUUCAAGUCAGGAGCAGGCAGUCAAUUUCUUUGAAAAAUAAGACACUUUUUAUUUGCUGUUCUUUAGGCAGUGAACUCACCAUCUCUGCUUCAGAUUCUGCAAUAAACAGCUUUUAUCAGAAGUGGGUUCAGAAGUAAACACAUAACUUGCUCACUGUGUGUUUUACUCCUAGGGAAAACUGUGUUUAAGUAUUGGCAGACAUAGUUUCUGAAAAAGAGGAAACAAAUUAUGUAGCUAUUUCCUGAAUCUUUUUCAUGCUUGUUUGACAUUCUGAAACUCAGGAUAAUUUGUUUUUUGAUAAUCGAAAUCUGAGUUUCACUACUAAGAUGAAUAUUAACUUAGCCUAACAGCAAGCAAAAUUAUUAAUGUGUGUUUUUGUAAUGAGUAGAUCCAAGUGGCCUUACAAGUACUGAAAAAAUGAGUGGUUUUCUGCAUGCCUUUACUCUAGCAUGGUAUAUACUGAGAAUAUAGUUUUAGUAUACUUUAAUAUUCUGAUAUUUCCAAGUCACACUUGGAAAAAAAUUAAUCUUUCUGUAUUGGAAAUCUUGUUUAGAAACAGAUUGUGAUUUGGAUGGCAAUUCUUUAAGAAUUAAUCUAAUUGUGGAAUUAAAAACAAAUGCUCAAAAAGCAUCCAAAAACGAAUUAAGCUGAAGUCUGCACUGACAAUUUGUUGACUUCAAAAUUAAAUUCCAGCUGGAGAUAAUGCCCCAAAUACGAUUUUGAAGACUACUUAAUGAAACUUAGAAUAUUGUUCUAAGUAAGUAAGACAGGCAAAUAUAUAAUGAAACAAAAGCUUCUCAAUAUAGAAGAAAUAAGUAGCAGUUUCCAAGUCUGUCUUCUGAAAGUGCAUUCACUUUUGCAUUCAGCCACUUCUGUAAUUGGUUCUGUCCUCUGCAUGUUAACAAUGCAUACAGUCUGUAACUGAUUUCAAAUAUGAUGUGUUUUAAUAGUCAGUGUAAUAAAAUGAACGUAAGUACUCCCUUUCUUGUUUUGCUUUGAGUAACAGUGUUUGCUAUGUUUUCUCCAAGUUCUGAAGUCCACCUUCCUUUUAAUUUUGAACAAGUCUUGUAUGUUUUCAUAUGUCAUCUAUUAAUAUUUUUUCUUCCAGAAAAGAAAAACAAUUGAUCCAGCCUUUUGGGGUAUUUCUGUCUCCAUCUAUGCCUUUUAGCCCACAUUUUAAUCCUAUGAAAGACAUUUUCACAAGAGAAUGGUUUUAACAGACCACACAACAGUUUUACUUAUAAAUGUAGAAAAUUAGGAAAUACCCUAAUCAUAUCCACUGUAAAUUAGGAAUCAAUAUCUGUGUGCUUGUGACAGAUUCCUGGCUAUUGGGUUUGAUCAAAAUCCAGUGCUAAGGGAGCAAAAUAGUGGUCUAGGUAGCAGUUUUAGGGGAUAAUAGAGUAGCUAUAUAUUACUCCAUCCAAACUAGAUUUGAUUUCUUUUCUCCCAAAGUUUGAACUUAGAUCAAUAACAUUAAUCUCUUGCAAGACUCUACACUAAAAUGUGACAGGAAUGGGCUAAGUUUAAAUCUGUAUUACACAGUAUCAAUAAAAUUUACCAGUUUUAUUAAGGAAAAGGCUCUAAGCAAGACGGUCUAACCCAGAAAUAGAUUUAAAUGGGCUACAUAGAAUGUGUCAAAAAUCAUCAAGGAGUUAAGGGUUACUCACCUUUAUUACCCUUACUUUUUACUGUUUGCUUUACUUUUUUUUUUUUUGAAAAUGCAUGUUUUUGUUUUGAAGGUGCUCAUUCUUUGUUGCAGAGUUAAUUAUUCUACUGCCAGUGCUGCCAGUGUAUUAAUCAAAAUGCUUGCAUGUCCUGUGCUCAGUCAUAUCUGUCACAUAAUGAAGAUACAGAAGAAUUGAAUGGUUUAACUUCCUUCAGAGGACAAUGAAAGAGAACAGGAGCUUAUUAAUGACAAGGCUUACUUUGGGGAAAUACAUGUUUACAACACAAGUUGCCCAUAAUCAUCAUAUUUGUUAUAGAAAUAAAUAAAGCACCUGAAACAACCCACUCCUUUCUGUCAUCCACUCCUUUCUGUCAUUUGUGCUCAACUGGCCUCAGCAGUUAGACUUACUUUAAUAUAUCACAACAGUUGUCUCUUUUUUUCCAUGAAUCACUGGGGAAAAAAAAAUGAGAGCAACUCCAGUGGGAGCUUUUUAGGGCCUGAAGGCACUACUCUUAUCACCUUAAUUCCUGGUUCUAAUCUCUGAUAGCCAUA